AUGACUAUUCCUGCGAAAAGAGUUCCUAAGGUUAAGUUUUCAAAAGAUUUAAAAGAAGAGAUUAUUAAGUUUGAAACCAAAGAUCCCAAAAUAACAGUAGAUAAAGAUGGAAAGGGUACGGCAGAAGUUAAAGCCACAAUAAAGAAAGCAGAUGAUAAGGGAAAGUUUGGAGACGAACAAAAAGAUAAGACAAUAAUAAUUGAAUACGAAAAAGGUACUUUUUCUCACUAUGGUAAAAUUAAGAAAGUAGAUGGUGAAGAGGUCCAAGCCCAAGAUCUGGACUUAUCUGAUGAUGAGUUGCUUCCAGCCGAAAAGAAGAUAAAGAAGAAGAAAGUUUAUAAGGGCGGGAGGUUAAUUACUCCCCCUCACUUUUAUGCUAAAAAGUUUAGUUAA